CGGCCAUCGUAGGCUGUGUGGAACUUCAAAAGAGGAAAUUGAUUCCAUGUUGCUGCUAGUUGGCCCCGUCCACGAGGCGAUCAUCUGUGAAAGUGGCUGCUGUGGUCAUGUUACCUUCCGACAAUGCUGUAACCCGCACGAGAAGGGACAGAUCUACGACUGUGAUGAUCAUCAUGGCAGCCACGAAAGACAUGAUAGAGAUGAUGACCACAAGGACCCCCACGGUGGCAAAGCGUUUAAGGUGGUCACCAUCGUUCUCGGAGCUGUCAUUGGCCUCUUCAUCGUGGUGGUCGUCAGUAUCAUCAUCUGCAAAAAGAAGACGCUGAGGAGAAGACGUGCUGGUGUUGCUGGGCCUCCUGAGUUGGUCCCGGAGAAGACGAAGACUUAUUUGGCAGAGCCACCGACCUACGGCGGGAAAAGUGGUGACCCGUUCCCACCAGUGGAGCCUCAGAAACCCCCUCCAUACGUCAUCAGCGGAGCCGCGCCUCCUCUCUACAACCUGGGCCCUUACCAACUGCCCGUCGACGACACCGCCUCGCCCACCGCCCCACCCUCCUACUCCACAAUAGAUCUGCAGGAGGCUGCGGGCGGGAAUGUGCUGCAGGUUCGCCCCGCCGAGGAGAAGUGAACCAAGGAUAGGGGAAGACGUCUGUAGUUCUGUGAGCGAGCUGCUUGGCUGUACAUUGCGUGUUUGAGAAGAUGUUCGCAUAUUUUGGCUCAUUUUGCAAAUAAGUUGCAUAAUAUAUCUCAUGGGAUGUGUACAUUAAUUGGCUUUCCAAGGGUUGGGGGUUCAUACUAGUAAACCUGAAUGAAAUAAAUGUACUGUAACCAGGAACGGGGGGGGGUUGGAAUAAAACACUCAAAGCUCUGUGAACGUAUAAUAUAAGUCCAAAGUUGAUGGUAACCACCCACAUUGCUUUAUUCCAUUAAAGCGGAAAAAAUCCCCCAAAAAAUACAGCUGUUAGUCUGCUAUGUCAUCCAAAUUAUUCUCACUCAGACGUUGCCAUUCAGGUUUACUUGCAACCAUCCUUGAUGCCCCUCGGUCUAGUCCAAGGGGCGGGUAAUAAACUAAGUAAGCAGGAGACACUUUGACGUUAUUCACUUCCAACGGCCAAAGUUUUUGAAAUUAGCAGUCGGGUCUCUUCGGCGUCUUAGGGUAAAUAAGAAGGAUUUAGUGAUUGUCUUUUUCAAGAGAGUCACUAGGUUUGUCCUAAAUCUCCACUUUACCCUAUGUGGUCCUGAAGUUAAGAGUUAGGAAUUUAAUUUUGGAAUUCUGAGGCACUGCUGGGGAUAUUACUGAAUGAUCUGAAGGCCACAUUUUAACGAAUCACAAAACCGUUCAGUUAUAUCACCAUGGGUAAUAUUCUGGUCAAAUGAAAGACAUUAAAUACUGAAAGUGUUCUUUUAUUGUAAAGAAAAACAGCAUUUCCAUGGUCGUGUGCACGCCCAGUUGGAAAACUCCGUGACAGAGUCUGCAAGAUGACAAUAACAAAUGAAAUGAAUUCUUACUCUUAAUAUUCGAAUAAAGGAUGCUGUUUGGUUUCCUGCAUACCAAAUACUAUUUGAAAACUGCUUCUAAAUCUUUUCUUUAAAAUGCAGUUGAAGAGAUAAGUUGAAAAAUGCAUUAGUUGUCCAUUUAUCGAAUGUUAGUCUGCUUGGUGCAUAAAUGUAUUUCGUCAGCCAUGGCGUCUGUAUCAGUCCUAAAGAAAAGUUAACAGGAACAUGCGCUGCUCCAGGUGAGCCUACUAGAUUACAUUCUAUUGUAGAGUUCGGCGCAUCAGCAGCUGCGUUAUCUCCACACGUUGAUACACCAAAUUGUUCGCUUACUGAACGAAAGACAAAACGUGAUCGGUGUUAUACGUUGUUGUAAUCUAUUAUUGAAAUAUUCUCUUCUACGGUAUCUUUCCUUCACCCAUCCUAACCGACCCCACCUCUCUCGCCACACACAAGUGGGCAGAGAAACAAUAAACUACAUAUGCAAAAGCACACAAACAAGUUGUUAAGAAGAAUUGCGCACAACAGUUGAUAUGAAGGAAAAAUUAUGUAAAUAAAAGGUCGUGGCUCCUGGACCAAAAUCACAACCUGCCCACCACCGCUGAAAACAUUGGCUCGCGAUAACGAGACAGGAACGCUGAAAUGCUAACACAUAUCAUGUGUAUGCGUCUCUCUCCAAAGUGCGGAGUUCCUGAAUCAUUUUUACCAUAUCUAAGAGUUCUUCACGCCAUCCAUUGUCCUUGGCGUUUGGCAUGUCAGACUGGAUAGGCCACCAAAAGGAGCACACCAGUAUCACAUACAUGUUGGAUUUGCAUAAUGUGAGGAAUGUAAUCUUUUUCAUAUAGUUUGGUUUUGUUGUGGUAUAGUACCCCUUAUUUUACUCAAUGACCAAUUUCAAUAUUUUCAAAUGUUUCUAAUAUAACAGUAUUUCUGUGUUUACGGAAUUAUUAAAUUUCACUUUUGCUUUGUUUUGGUGUUUGGGUUUUUGUUUUUGUUUUUUGUUUUUUUUUCGUUUUUUUUUCUUUGUUUCUGGGUUUUUUAAUUGUAUUUUGGUGUUUUUGGGUCUUUUUUCUUUUGACAGCUAAAUAAUAAAACCCACUCUUAACAGUGACUUUGUUAGUUCUGUUGUUUUUUUUACAACAGUAUGUCACCAUAAUUUUCUUAAACUUCCUGAACCCAUGUGUCCCAAUUUGGCGUUAUCUUUUGUAAGAUUUGAUCAAUUUUUGGCAGCAUCUGUUAAAAAUGUUUUAAUGUCGAGAAAUGUUACCACGAAACAACACAGAUUAAAUAAACUGCAGUGCUGGGUCAGUUUCUGUAUAAAUUUA